GCCUGUGUGCAGGGGCUGUGUAUCCGUGAGGGGGAGUGUCGUAACGGGGAGUGUCUCAGGCUUUCAGGGCUUUAAACUGCGCCCCUUCUCUGCGCUGCUCCGCUGACUCGACACCUCUCCUCUCCGGCUGCAGCUCCCGAGUCUCCACCGCGAACCCAAACCGAGCCCAACCCGACUAGAAGUGCUUUUAUCAGGAUGCCGGAACACCCCGAGUUUGACCGUGCCGGGAAGAAGACGGGCCUGCAGGUCUGGAGGGUGGAGAACUUUGACCUGGUCCCUGUGCCGGAGAAUCUGUAUGGAGGCUUCUACACCGGGGACGCCUAUCUCAUCCUCAACACCAUCAAGCAGAGGUCUGGAGCUCUGCAAUACGACCUGCACUUCUGGCUCGGUGACCACUGCACCCAGGAUGAGAGCGGCUCGGCGGCUAUCUUCACGGUGCAGAUGGAUGACUAUCUGGGAGGGAAGCCCAUCCAGUACAGGGAGGUGCAGGGCCACGAGUCCAAGACCUUUCUGGGAUACUUCAAGUCUGGCAUCAAGUACAUGAAAGGCGGCGUUGCCUCAGGGUUCAAACAUGUGGUCACCAAUGAGGUCACUGUGCAGCGGGUGCUCCAGGUCAAAGGUCGGCGUGUUGUCAGGGCAACAGAGGUGCCGGUUACCUGGGACAGUUUCAACCAGGGAGACUGCUUCAUCCUGGACCUGGGCAACGAGAUCUACCAGUGGUGUGGCUCACAGAGUAACCGCUUCGAGAAGCUCAAGGCCACUCAGGUGGCCAAGGGUAUCCGUGACAACGAGCGCAGUGGGCGGGCCCGAGUGUACGUGUGCGACGAGGGGGCGGAGCGGGAGAAGAUGGUGGAGGUGCUAGGCCCCAAACCAGACCUGCCUGAAGGAGUCUCUGACGACAUCAAGGCUGACGCCUCCAACAGGAAGAGAGCAAAACUCUACAAGGUGUCAGAUGCGAGCGGGGACAUGGCCAUCGCUCUGGUGGCUGCAGAAAACCCUUUCGCUCAGAGCGCUCUGGAGUCUGGAGACUGCUUCAUCCUGGACCAUGGCUCCGAUGGCAAGAUCUUUGUCUGGAAAGGUAAAGAUGCCAACGUGGACGAGCGUAAGGCGGCCAUGAAAGCAGCAGACGAGUUCAUAAAGAAGAUGGGCUACCCCAAACACACAGAGGUGCAGAUCCUGCCCGAGAUGGGUGAGACGCCGCUCUUCAAACAGUUCUUCAAAAACUGGAGAGACAAGGACCAGACGGAGGGCCUGGGCGUGGCAUACAUUGCCAACUCCAUCGCCAAGAUCCAGAAGGUGCCGUUCGAUGCCGCCUGCCUGCACGAGUCUGAGGCCAUGGCCGCCCAGCACGGCAUGGUGGACGACGGCAGAGGAGAGAAACAGAUCUGGCGUAUCGAGGGCUCAGACAAAGUGCCCGUCGACCCGUCUACUUAUGGACAGUUCUAUGGAGGAGACAGUUACAUCAUUUUGUACAACUACAGCCACGGAGGACGCCGCGGACACAUCAUCUACAUGUGGCAGGGCUCAGACUCCAGUCAGGAUGAGAUCGGAGCGUCAGCCAUUUUGGGUGCUCAGCUGGACGAGGAGCUGGGGGGCGGGCCUGUCCAGGUUGUUGGUGCCCCCAUAACCACGCAGGUGCGCGUGGUGCAGGGCAAAGAGCCAGCCCACCUCAUGAGCCUGUUCGCGGGGCAGCCCAUGGUGGUGUACAGGGGGGGCACCUCCAGAGAGGGCGGCCAGAGUGCUCCAGCAGAGACCAGGCUGUUCCAGGUCCGAUCCAACUCCACAGGGCACACACGUGCUGUCGAGGUUGAAGCUACUUCCUCUAACUUAAACUCCAACGAUGCUUUUGUUUUGGCGGGUCCUGGAGGCUGCUUCUUGUGGGUGGGGCAGGGCGCGUGUGACACUGAAAAGCAGGGAGCGCUCCAACUGAGUGCCAUCCUGGGAGUGAGCCCCACAGAGCUGCCCGAGGGAGGGGAGAGCGAUGACUUCUGGGAAAUCCUGGGAGGAAAGUCCGAGUACCGCACAUCCACCAGACUCAAAGACAAGAUGGACGCCCACCCGCCCAGACUGUUCGCCUGCUCCAACAAGACCGGCAACUUCAUUAUCGAGGAGGUUCCCGGGGAGAUGACCCAGGACGACUUGGCCACAGAUGACGUCAUGAUCCUGGACACAUGGGAGCAGGUGUUUGUUUGGAUCGGAAAUGAAGCCCAAGAAGAAGAGAAGACAGAGGCCAUGGCUUCAGCUCUCCGCUACAUCGAGACCGACCCCGCGAGCAGGGACAAGCGCACGCCCAUCGUCAAGAUCAAACAAGGAUUUGAACCCCCGACCUUCACGGGCUGGUUCCUGGGCUGGGACCACGAGUACUGGAGCAGCGACCCCCUGGAGCGCAUGAUGGCUGAACUGGCUCUUUAAGAGAGAGCCCCUCCCCUCCACGCCCCACUGCUCUGUGCCGCCCCCUCCUGGCCUAAGACUGUACUGCUGCCAAUGUGUUUUAUACUAUUCUUUCUUAUGUUUUUAAGAGCGUUUGAUUACAGUCACUUGAGGCCUUUUAGAGUUGUUUUAUGCUAAUAGGAACUACUCUAGUGGGUCAGAAUUACAAUGAAGAUAUAUGCACUUUUCACGUCACGCAUAGACAGAAGAAAUAUUGGACGUGUUAAAUAGUUUAUGACAAAAAGUGAAAAUACACAUUCAAAAUCAUGUGCAUUCAGAAUUGUAUUUGUGUAAUUUUAGGGUAAUUUUGGCUAAAUAUAUUUUUUGAAAGAAUUUAUAAGUCUAAAAAUUAAAUAUAUCAAACCUAGUCAAAUCACAAUUAUUAUUCUGAAUUUAAGUCAUUUACAAUUUACAUAUUUUGUCAUUAUAUGGCAGCAUCGUCAAACGAAACAUGACAUAAUGUAUUUUAUUUGUCAAGCUUUCGUCAUUUUAUCAUGUUAAAAUGUGUCCAAAAAUUCUUCUGUCUAUGCUUUAAGUUACUUUGUACCCUACCUGUCAAAACUAGUGAAGUUAAAUGGAUGCAAAAAUAUUGUCUAUUGUCUUGUUUCUGAACCAAAUAGCAAUACAACAGAUGCCUUAGUACCAUUAUUUACGUUAGAGCGCAGUGUUUUACAGGUACUGUACGAUUAGCCUUUGUAAGCGACUAGCUAGCACGUUUAUAUUUAUUUGGAUAGAGUUUGCGGAUAGGGCUAGCUUGUUUUGUGAUGCUAGAAGAGAAAAGAAACCAUUGCUUAGCUGCUUGGUCGCCAUGAUGCCUCCUCAGGACCCUCUGUGUCACUAUUCGCCACGCCAAUAAAAUACUAAUGGAAA